AUGACAAGUAAAAUUAUACGUCCAAAUUGACUGUCCUCUUCUUUCGUUUACUUAAGAUUAAAUUAAUUAAGUUUUAAAAAUUCUAUUUUGACGAUGAUUCUAAGACAAACUUUGAGAAGAACAUUUAGAAUUAGCCGCAGAUGUUUUUCAGAAUUUGGAAUCCUUACAAAUGAAGAUGUACAUAAAGCAGUAGUUAGUAAAUCUGUUAAGGUGGCAGUUUUGGGAGCGGACACUCCCGUCGGCUUUUACACGACAUUUCUACUAAAACAGAAUCCAUUAAUAUCCCAUCUUUAUCUAUUCGGGUCAGGAAGAGUAAUUUGUAUGGCUGACGACUUAAAAUCUAUGGAUACAAAAAGUAAGAUUACUGCUUCAUAUACAAACGAAGAACUGCCUGGUAUCGUACGAGGAGCUGACAUUAUUGCUCUCAUGGGAAUGGAUACAUUAAGUACACAAACGCAUUGGUUGGAAAUAUUUUACAAUGAAGGUAGAAGGCUAAUCAAUUUAACAGAAGUUAUAAUCAAAUACAACCCUAAGGCAAUAGUUUUGGUAUGCGCCACCCCGGUGUCUUGCACUCUCCCGUUGGUAUCGAGCGUAUUUAGACGAACUCCCUGGUACCACCCCGGAAAAAUAAUAGGUUCGCCAAUGGUUCCAGUGACAAAAGCAAAUGCUGUCUUGGGAAUUUACAACGAGUUGGACCCCGAGGUUAUACACACUCCAGUCACGGGAGGGCCAGACAUGGACUGUGCUGUUCCAUUAUUCGCACAGGGUUAUCCUGUUGAAUGUUGGGAAUCAGAGGAGAGAGCAUUGUGCUGUAAAUUCAAAGAGUUGGACGAACAAGAUUGUCCCAUAACUACUCAAUGUUAUGUCAAACCCCCUGGAUCGUAUCUGAUGGAAUCAUUUGGAAUUUCAAGACUCAUAUCACUCAUUGGACUUGGCUAUUGUGGCGAUACAACUGCCCUUUCCAGGGUCUUCAUAAGGCAAAGUUUCAUUCCCAGUUGCAAAUACUUAACAUGCACUGUUCAAUUAGGACGGGACGGAGUAAUACAUAAUUUCGGUGUACCGUUUUUGACAAAUUUUGAACUGCAGUUUUUAGAACGAAUGGUGCUGGUAUUAGCCCAUAGGGAAUAUGUAGCAGAAGAGUUUUUACGAAAAGAAGGAUCAUAUUACACUGGUGAAUGUCAAAAUUAAGUAAUUUUUUAAUCGAAUAAAUUGUUUAUGAUUU